AUGACGUUGGUAGCUACCCAACAACAUGCUAGGGCAUCCGCUAGUACAGGACCAUCCGAGGGAUCUGGGAGUUCAAGGGUCCGAGAGUUUAUUGCUUUGAGUCCUCCAGAGUUCACGAGGACAGAUCAGAGGGAGGACCCGCAGGAUUUCAUAGAUCAGCUUCACAGGAUCUUUCGGGUUACGCAUUCCACGGAGAAAGAGGCAGUUGAGUUAGCAGCUUUUCGACUCCGAGAUAUAUCAAUCCUUUGGUACGAGGGAUGGGAAAGGUCCAGGGGACGUGAUGCACCUCCAGCUAUUUGGGAAAAUUUUUCAGAUGCUUUUCUUGACCAAUACUUACCGCAAGAGAUCCGACAGGCCCGGCUCGACCAGUUUCUAGCCCUCAAGCAGGGAAAUAUGAGCAUUCGAGAGUAG